GAUCGGUCGGUCGCAGAGACGCGGACGCAAGCGUUUGUUUUCAUGGCUAGACUCUGGCUCUGGACGGUUGGUUUGACAUCUAAACAGUCUAUGAUCUAAACUAUCGUGUGUGCUGCAAACAUUUUCUCCUGAGAGCUGCAAGAAGUGGAUUAUGGUGGACUUCGCCUUGUUGACAACUAAUCCAAGUUGCUGCGGUAUCCCGAGGACUUUUCUAUCCAUUCAGAGACUGGCGCUGAUGGGCUGGCUGUGGGUUUGGGUUUGGUCCGUUCUGCUGGGAUCUUCACUACGGCUCGCUCACGGAGUCCGAGCCGGCGCCGGGACUGGACACACGGUAAAGAGACUUCAGGAAGACAACUAUGGAGGAGUUGAACAUAAAGUCAAGCCAAAUGAGGGUCCGUGCCGGAGGACGUACUGUGGCCGGGGUCGGGAGUGUGUGGUCAGGAAUGUGACGGGCCGGGUCGAGUGUGUGUGUCAGGAAAGGUGCCACACUUCGUUUGUUCCCGUGUGUGGCUCCGAUGGACGUUUUUACGAGAACCACUGCGAGCUGUACCGCACCGCGUGCCUGCAGCGCAGGAGGAUCUAUGUGGUCCACAGCAAAGACUGCUUCUUCAGAGGCGACACGUGCACCAUGGCGGAGUACAACAAGCUGAAGAACAUGCUGUUGGACAUGCAGCCCCGGACCGCCCCGAGCGGGGAACCGGACGCCAUGGACCAGAGGAGGGCGCUGGUGGACACCAUGUUCAAGUAUAUCGACCGAGACCAGGACGGCCGUCUGAGCAGUGAAGAGCUGGCAGAGAGGAACAAUCUCAAAAACACGAACGAUCUUCUUGUACUUUUGAAAGGGAAGAUGAUCGGAGAAUUAACCCAGCACACGUUUGACCCGCUUCGCAUUGAUAUUCAGACGUCGACUGUGCGGAUCAUUCUCAAUCAUGACAAUCACGCUCAUCUGCCUCACAACACAUGCAGUAUCCCUCCAGACUAG